UACAUAACUUUUAAGCCAUGUAAAAUCAUUACAUUUUGACGAGAGCAGGCAUCAUUCAUCUCCUGGUUCAAUGUUCACGCAAGUCACCUUUAAAUGCCUCUUUACACUGUUCAAUAGAGCGGAACAGAUGGUGCUAGCGAUAAACGCGUCGUGUCCUACACGAGCGGACGUAGGUUCAUUGCUCAACCAGGGUCCCGGCGCCUCCUCUCUGUAACAAGGGGGGACAGACUUUAAAAAAAACACGAUAUUGCACAUUUCAAUUCGCAUGGGUUUAUAAGCUGAUAAUCAUACCGUUCCCGCUUACUGCCCUGGCCCCAACAGAAUGCUGAAGAAGGUUUCCGAGUUGCUGCAUCCCGCACUGCUGGCUAACGUCACGCAGCAGCAGCAAGUCGUCGCCCGCUUUCAAGCGCUUCCGAAGCUACGUUUAAGCAAGGAACCGGCCAAGAAGGAGGCGGCGAUCCUGAUUCCGCUCUGUCUGGUCGACGGCAAGCUCAGCCUCCUGUACACGCUCCGGUCUAACAAGCUGCGAAACCACCGCGGCCAGGUUUCCUUUCCCGGCGGUAUGAAGGAUGCGCGCGAUGCCAGCUACGAAACCUGUGCGGUGCGUGAGUUUGUGGAGGAAACCGGCCUGCCGAAAGAGUCGGUACGCGUUUGGGGCCGAGGCAAUACCAUCAUUCCAUACUUUGGCCCGUCUAUCACGCCGAUCGUGGGCCACGUCGCGGACUUUGCGCCGGGCCAGCUGCGGCUGAGCACGGACGAGGUGGCCAAAGUGUUUACCGUGCCGGUGGAGCUGUUUGCCAGUGCGGCAAACCGGCGACACACGCAGUACCGGGCCAACUACACCAUGCCGGUGUUUGUGAACGGAGACGAGACCGUCUGGGGCAUAACGGCUAUCAUUACGCAUCUGUUUCUAACGGCAUUGCUUCCGGGAGCGUACAGUACCUCGUUACCGUUUGUGAGGAAAUACGAAGCAUUAAAGUCCUAGAAGCGACGGUCGGUUUUACGUUGCGUUUUGCACUUUCGGCUUUGUAAUAUCUGACUGUCAUUUUAAUAAAGUUUCCUUUCAACACGUGUUAAAACUCAGA